AUGUUGGACGACACUGAAGAAGUAGCAGUUAAGAAAACCAAAUCUGAAAGUCCCGCAAUUAGUAAUAAGAAUAUAGAGAAUUCAGAAAUUGAAAGCAAAAAAAGUAAAGGCAAAAAAUUCAAGAAGUCAAAAAAAAAUAAUACAGCUGCAGAAAAAGAAAAUGUAAGUGAUGCUGCUAGUCCUAUAUUAGAUGAAGUGAGCGAAGAUAGUAAUAUUUUGAGAAAUAGUACAGAAAUAGGAGAAUCAAAUCAAGAUAUCAUUGAAUCUAAGGAUACAAAAAACAAGUUAAAAAAGAAGAAGAAUAAAGAACUAAAUAAACUUCUUAAGGCAGAAAAUUUAAAAGCGGAAGAAGGAACAAAAGAAGCAAAACAGAAUUUUGAGAUAUUAACUGAAAACAAAAUUGAGCCAACGGAAAUACAAGCUAGUAAAAAAUCCAAAAAAAAGAAACAUUCAGCAAAGCCUGCCCAAGAUGUAGAGACAAGUGAAGGCGAACCUUCAACCAAGUCACGAAAAAAAGAUAUCAAACCAGAUGUGGUAGCAGAAGGUCUCGGAAACCUCAACAUUGGUGAUAACACGCAUACUUUGACAAAUCUCUUGGAUGAAAUGGCUGUAGUUGAUAAAAAGAAACAAAAGAAAAAUAAACAUAAGCAAAAGAAAGGUAAACAUCCUAGUACCCCUACCACUGAUUUGGAAGGGGGUAAAGAAAAAGAGAAAUGGACAAAAAAAAGAUGGAAUAAAGAAAAAAAACCAAUUAUAAAGAGUGAUAAAGCAUUGUCAUCUGUACUUGUUGAAAACCUUCCAGUCCAUAUCAUGCUUGAUUAUAAAAAGCUAUUAAUAGAACACUUUUCCAAAUGUGGAACUGUUAAAAAAGUUGGCAUUCUUGAGGCAUAUCUCACAGAAAGUCCAAAACCUGUUUUCACCACAACUAUCUCUUUUGAUAGUAAUGAUGCAGCAUUAAAGGCUUUAGAGGAAGAUAACACACCGUUUGAAGGGAACUUUAUACGAGUUAAACAACUCCUACCCCCUAUGGAAACAACCCUAGUGGUGCGUUCUUAUGGAGAUCUGAAUGCACAGACGUUAAGCUCAACCUUCAUGGGCGCCGGCCGCAUCAGAAACAUUCGACAUUUGGUUAAGGGCAAGAAAUCAAUGGCUACAGCAUUCAUAGAAUUUGAUGGACCUCUCGCAUUAGACCGUGCAAUUGAAAUUGCCACAGACGUCAAAAUUGGCGGUAAAAGAAUUUACGUUUCAAGAUUUGAAUUCAGAACUGCAGUAAAACCUAAACAAACAAAAAUGAAUGUGGACGACGAGAAUGACGGAAACAGUGAAAGUUCUAAUGAU